AUGGUAAGAGUUAAACAUAGAUAUAUACUAUUUGAAAUAUUAUAUCCACCAACAACUAAUGAAAGAGUAACUCCAAGAGAAGAUUUUGAAGCAUUUUCGACAGCUGAACAAAAUGCUUUAUUCACAUUGCAUCAAAGAGCUCCAUCUACAAUAAAUCAUAAAUCAAUUAUGAAUUCAAUACGAAGAAGUUUACAAGAUCAUUAUGGUGAUGUAGGUGCCGGAUCAGCUGGUAUGUUAAUGAAUUUAAAAUAUUUUUCAAAUAAAACAUCAACGGGGAUAAUACGAUGUGGUAGAGCACAAUCAGAUACAAUUAUAGGAGCAAUGACAUUAAUUGAAAGAAUUGAUAAUUGUUAUUUAACUUUUCAAACAUUACAUGUAAGUGGUACUAUUAAAAAAUGUGAAGAAUAUUCAAUUACUAGAACUAAGCAAAUUAUGUGUCGAAUUGGUAAAUGGCAAAAUGAGCAAGAAUAUAUUCAUGAAUUUGAACAAAUUUCAGCUGAUGAAGAUGAAAUUGAAGUUGGUGAUGAUGAUAAUGAAUAA